AUGGACCAAGAAUCCUUGGUGAGCAUUAUGGAUGGCUUGCUGAGCAAGCACCAUCAGCGGCUGCUAAUGCAAAUGGAGCAUUUGCUGGACAGGCGACGGCAGAUUGGCUCAAUCAUUUCAUCGCAGGGCUCAGAUCUUUUAGGGCCGCCUCCGCUGGUUAUCCCGCUUCCUCCUGGGACGGAGAGUGAGCAGCUGACAGAUCGAAAGGAAUGCCAGGAACGCCCGUCGCAGGGUGAGGAUGUCUCACAAAGGCCGACUUUGGCUUCUCGCCUUUCUUCCAGCCUUCCUCCCGUCGUUCGAGAUGCUUCGCUGGACAGGUCGGGAUCCUAUGAGCUAGCCAAGGAGGCCAGCAAACGGAUCAAAGAUUCCUUGCCAUCAGAAUCUGCGGAGUUGCCGGUCAUUGGGCUUAGCCGCCUGUGCCGCAUGCAGCGACGGCUUUUAGAGCUAGCAAGCUCCUGGCAAUUCGAGGCAUUCUUUGCAACUGUCAUCGCCACGAACUCCAUAUUUAUCGGAGUGACGAUCCAGUGGGAAUCAGCCCAGAGGACAUUGAAGGUCCCUUCCACGAUGUUUGCUGUCCAGCUAGUCUACACGCUGAUCUUUCUUUCUGAGGUGCUGUUGAAGCUGUGUGCAUUUGGUGCACACGAAUUCUUUUGCUCUGUGAACUGGGGCUGGAACUGGUUUGAUGUUUUCGUAGUUACAUCUGCAGUCUUUGAAUGCUUCGUGGAGGUUGCGACACAAGACCCGCAACUAUCAGGCUCUAGCAGCAACCUUCGCAUCCUCCGCGUUUUACGGAUGACGCGGCUGACACGAAUCUUCCGUGUAAUCCGAGUUGUGCGGUUUUUCCGUUCACUGCGGACCCUUGUUUUCUCCAUCGCGAACACAUUGAAGUCUUUGUUUUGGGCGAUGCUCCUCUUGGCACUGAUCAUGUACGUGUUCGGCAUUGUCUUCACCGACAUUGUGAACAACCAUAUAUUGGAAACUGACAGCGUGGAAACUAUUGGAGACCUUGAGAAGUAUUUCGGUACCCUCCACAUCUCUGUGCAAACAUUGUUCAUGUCGAUUUCAGGCGGGCUAACCUGGCAGGAUGCAUCUGGUGCCCUCUCCAACAUCAGCUGGCUUUGGGUUUAUGUCUUCGCCUCAUAUGUGGCAUUUUCAUGUUUUGCCGUGCUCAAUGUGAUGACCGGAGUGUUUUGCCAAUCCGCCAUCAAGGGUGCCGAGCGCGAUCAGGAAAUGGUCGUGCAGUCCUUGAUCAUGGACAAGCAACAACUAAAGCAGUCCUUGACCAAGCUCUUUCAAAAGAUGGACGACGAAGGUAAUGGCUCCUUGACCCUGUCACACUUCGAGAAGCAUUUUCAGGAUGAGGAAGUAAAAGUUCUCUUCGAAGCACUCGAACUCGGAGCCACUGAUGCCUGGACGUUAUUCCUGAGCUUGGACCACAAUGAAGACUACCAGAUUUUGCCUGAAGAGUUUCUCGAGGGCUGUCUACGUUUGCGAGGCACCGCGAAGGCCAUCGACGUCUACAUGCUGCGAAGACAGAUAGGCAAGCUCGGCAUGCAGAUGUGCGAGACAGCAUGCACUCAAGAGCACUUGGCUCAGAUGUUGGGAAACAUUCAACAGGUCGUGGAUCAGGACAGGACUUGCCGAUCAGGUGCCGAAACCCCGAAUUCAUAA